AGCGCAGAGAGUCGGGCCCAGGCGGAGCCGCCGCCGUCCUCGCUGGCCCGCGCGGCCCGACCAGCCGCGGAGCGGGAGAGGAGCCGGCCGUCCCGGGCCGGGAGGCCCGCCCGCCAUGGCCACCAAGGCUCGGGUUAUGUACGACUUUGCUGCUGAACCUGGAAAUAAUGAACUGACUGUUAACGAAGGAGAAAUCAUCACCAUAACAAAUCCGGAUGUUGGCGGAGGAUGGCUGGAAGGAAGAAACAGUAAAGGAGAACGAGGGCUUGUUCCCACAGACUACGUUGAAAUUCUACCCACUGAUGGAAAAGAUCCUUUUUCUUGUGGAAAUUCCGUGGCUGACCAAGCCUUCCUUGAUUCCCUCUCAGCAAGUACAGCUCAAGCCAAUUCGUCUGCUGCCCACAGUAACAACCAGGUCAGUGGUGGCAACGACCCCUGGUCUGCCUGGAGUACACCCAAAUCUGGGAACUGGGAGGGCACAGACGGCUGGGGAGCCAAGCCCGAUGGAGCCGUCGCCCAGAGGAACACCUCCAACAACUGGGACUCUGCCUUCGGCCAUCCCCAGGCCUACCAAGGACCAGCAACUGGGGAUGACGACGACUGGGAUGAAGACUGGGAUGACCCCAAGUCCUCGUCACCUUACUUUAAGGAUUCAGAGUCCGCCGAAGCGGGAGGGGCUCAGCGAGGAAACAGCCGGCCGGGAGCAUCGUCCAUGAAGCUGCCGCUGAACAAGUUUCCUGGAUUCGCAAAACCCGGACUGGAGCAGUAUUUGUUGGCCAAGCAACUAGCAAAACCCAAAGAGAAAAUUCCCAUCAUUGUUGGAGAUUAUGGCCCCAUGUGGGUUUAUCCUACCUCUACAUUCGACUGUGUGGUAGCAGAUCCCAAAAAGGGUACCAAGAUGUAUGGUCUGAAGAGCUACAUUGAGUAUCAGUUAACGCCUACCAACACUAAUCGAUCAGUAAACCACAGGUAUAAGCACUUUGACUGGCUAUAUGAACGUCUCCUGGUUAAGUUUGGGUCAGCCAUUCCAAUCCCUUCUCUUCCAGAUAAACAGGUCACAGGUCGCUUUGAAGAGGAGUUCAUCAAGAUGCGCAUGGAGAGACUCCAGGGGUGGAUGACCAGGAUGUGCCGGCAUCCCGUCAUCGCAGAAAGCGAGGUUUUCCAGCAGUUCCUCAAUUUCCGGGAUGAAAAGGAGUGGAAAACUGGCAAAAGGAAGGCUGAAAAAGAUGAGCUGGUGGGAGUUAUGAUAUUUUCCACCAUGGAACCAGAGGCACCUGACUUGGACUUGCUGGAAAUAGAGCAGAAGUGCGAUGCUGUGGGGAAGUUCACCAAAGCCAUGGAUGAUGGUGUCAAGGAGCUGCUGACAGUGGGGCAGGAGCAUUGGAAGCGGUGCACAGGGCCGUUACCCAAGGAGUAUCAGAAGAUAGGAAAGGCGCUGCAGAGCUUAGCCGCCGUGUUCAGCUCCAGCGGCUAUCAAGGUGAAACAGAUCUCAACGACGCAAUAACAGAAGCAGGAAAGACAUAUGAAGAAAUUGCCAAUCUCGUGGCAGAGCAGCCAAAGAAAGACCUCCAUUUUCUGAUGGAAUGUAAUCAUGAAUAUAAAGGCUUCCUUGGCUGCUUCCCUGAUAUUAUCGGUGCUCACAAGGGAGCAAUAGAAAAAGUGAAAGAAAGUGAUAAACUAGUUGCGACUAGUAAAAUCACCCCGCAAGACAAGCAGAACAUGGUAAAACGUGUCGGCACUAUGUCUUAUGCUUUGCAAGCCGAGAUGAACCAUUUUCACAGUAACCGGAUCUAUGAUUACAACACUGUCAUCCGUCUGUACCUGGAGCAGCAGGUACAGUUCUACGAGACGAUUGCAGAAAAGCUGAGGCAGGCCCUCGGCCGCUUUCCAGUUAUGUAGAAGAGACGGAACAGGAAGAAAACGCCGAAGUGCUUCUUUCUGACUUGGGCAAUGUAAUUUAAAGUUUAUUUUUUUCCCUAUCACAAAAAAAAAAGAAAAGAAAGAAAACCAAAACAAAUAGAGUGACAAACAAAUUGUGUUUAUUUUACUGAGCAGCCUAAACACCUCCCUUCUCUUCCACAGCCACUAUUUAAACCAAUGGAAAUUGUGUCUAUUUUUGAAAAGUACUUAAAAUUAGUAGAAUUUUGAACGGAAAAUUUGGUAUUUUACAGAGAACCCUAAUUUAUGAUUUCUCUUGGGAUCUUUCAGUUCUUACCCAAUGUCAGAUAAUUACUAAUUACUUUCUUAAAAAUAUGAAAUAUGCCAGAAUAAAAAAUAUAUAUGUUUGUAUAUUUUUAUAACUCUCAGUCCUUUGGGAAUUCCUGUCUAUUGAGGAAAAUUGGCCCGCCUUUCACUUCUGUAUUUAUGAUUAAAGAGCUGACCAUUUCAGAGAGGCCUUGGGGCUACCGAUGCCCCCGUCUUGCCCCUUAUGCAGGACAUACGAUGCCGUCCUGUAAACUCUGGUCAUCAGAGUGUCCUGGUUUCCUCUCUGCCUCCUCCCGUCCACCUUCCCCUCCUCAGGGUGAUCCUGGCUGUGUUGUUCUCACUUUCAAGGAGCCCUGGUAGCACAAUUGUUAAGCACUCAGCUGCUAACUGAAAGAUUGGUGGUUUGAACCCACCAGGCACUCAGCAGGAGAAAGAUGUGGCA